GACGCAAACAAAAAAAAAAAUGCUGAAAGACUGAGUGACGAUUAAAUUCUUCUCUCUCUCACAAAUUCUUCUAAGCAAGCAAGUUAGCUUCUUCGAUCUUCCUCGUCUUGUUUUCGUUUCUGAAUAUUAGGAAUCGAAUCGUUGCAUUUGGGUAGGAGCCCUAAUUUCAAGGCCAUGACUCAUGAGCAAUAAUCGCUCAGUUUUCUCAGAACGGAGACUUUCUUGUUCAAAAUUAGAUUCUGAGCUAGGUCUUGUACUGAGCUUAGAGGUUCGCUCAUUCUCUGAUUCUCUUGCGUUGCGUUUGGGUUGAACAAGCUGUUUUUUUUGUGUGGUGUGUGUAUGUGUUUUCCUAUUGAAGAAUGUCUGCUGAUCUUGGUGAUGAUGAACCUUCCUCUGCUUCUGGAGAUGAAGUAAACGUCAUUGAUGGACACAACAAGCGCAUGCCUCCAACACCUUCUGCUUCUGGACCAGCCCGCAAGAGAGGUCGCAAGGCUUGUGGUGAUGCCAUAGUUGAAGCCAUGCUAGAAAUCGCAGCAGCUUCCAAAAUGAGAGCAGCAGCUUUGACUAAGAACGGUGACAGAUUCUCUAUCAGCAAAUGCAUCAAAGCUCUGGACGACUUACAAGAUUCGUCCACUAGUAGCAUCGAUUUUGACAUAGAAUUGGAUGAGAUGGAAUUAGUUGCUGCAGCUGCUGGUUACUUGUACUACCACAGUCGAGUAAAUCAACCUCAGAGUAAUUCGUCUCCUACAAUCUGUACAUACUUGAAAGACUUGCUAGAAGGAACCGCUGAGAAUUGCAGGGAAGUGCUUCGGAUGGAUAAACAUCUGUUUCAUAAACUAUCUGAAACUCUUCGGUCGAAAGGCCUGCUGCGAGAUACUCCCACUGUUUUGAUAGAAGACCAGGUUGCUAUAUUCUUAAGCAUCAUUGGUCAUAAUCAGCGAAUCAGAGUAAUACAAGAGAGGUUUCAGCUUUCUUGUGAAACCAUUAGCCGCCAUUUUAACAAUGUGCUAAAGGCAAUUAAGUCGUUGUCACGCGGGUUUUUCGAGCCACCACCUGUGGAAACGCCUAUAGAGAUAGUCAAGAGCAAAAGGCUUUAUCCAUAUUUCAAGGAUUGUAUCGGAGUUAUAGAUGGCUUGCAAAUUCUUGCUAACCUUCCUGUAAAAGACCAGUCACGGUUUCAGAACAAGAAAGGCAUACUUACUCAGAAUGUGCUUGCAGCUUGCACUUUUGAUUUGCAGUUUGUAUUUGUAUACCCGGGAUGGGAAGGCUCUGUUGAAGAUUCACGCAUCUUAAGAGCUGUUCUAGAUGAUCCAAGCCAGAAUUUCCCACAACCUCCCAAAGGAAAAUACUAUCUUGUCGACAGUGACUACACAAACACAGAAGGAUUCAUCGCUCCGUACCCUGGAACUAGGUACCGUCUCCACGAGUUUCGUGGCGCAAGCCAAAUGCCACAGAACGCGCAUGAUCUUUUCAAUCAUCGGCACAUGUGUCUAAGUAACAUCAUCCAAAGAUCAUUCAGCAUUCUGAAAACUCGGUUUCCUAUCUUGAAAUCCGCGCCUCCUUACACGUUUCAUGUCCAGAGGGAUCUGGUGAUUGUGACUUGUGCUCUGCAUAACUUCAUUAAAAGGGAAAACGGGAUUCAUGACUGGCUCUUUGCUGCCGAUGGUGAAGAUGCUGCUCCAGUGGAGGAACCGCAUGGACAAGAAGAUGAAGAAAUAGAGUUGCUGCACUUGGAUUCUACGCCUAUGGAGCUUGUUGCUGAUUCUCUACGAGACUCCAUUGCAUUUAGUAUGUGGGAUGACUUCAUGAACAAGUGGGAAGAAUGGUAAUCAGUUACCUAAGUGGAAUCAUUGUGUUACUUAGUUAGAUCAAUUUAUUGGAGGGCAUUUUGGUAGUUACAUGAAUGUUCUAAUGAGUUUUUGUUGUGGUCGCUAUAGUUGAGUUGGAACAUAAAUUCUCUAUGGAUGUAAUAAGAUAUGUUCCCCUAA